UGUACUUCAGUGCUUUUGAUGAUCAUCAUCUGUUUUAAUUUUUUUCUGCAAUCAUGAAAGUCUAUAAAUUACUUUCGAGAGUGAUAUUUGUGAUACUUUCAUUUAUAACUUGCAGCUCUUUGGAAGAAUGGCAGCAUGGUAAUUCAGUUUGUAAAAGGACUUUCAGCAAAAGAGUUUCAAGAUGGGUUCCAUAUAUUGAAACUUAUCGAAAAGGAAUUUUACUUUGGAAAAGAACAGCAACGCGAUAUAAUUAUCGAUGGGAGUUUCAAACAGAAUGGUAUACAGAAGAUGCUUGUUGUUACGGUUAUUCAAAUGAAGAUGGUCAUUGUAUACCUAUUUGCAAUGGAGGUUGCCCACAUGGUCUUUGUGUCCGACCUAACGAAUGCUCUUGUGAUGUAGGAUACUCACUUAAAGUAACCGGUUCUCACCAAACAUGUGAGCCUCAUUGUCCUCUGGGCUGUAUCAUGGGCGAAUGUACAGCUCCCAACACUUGCGCAUGCAAUCACGGCUACAAACUAUCGGAUGAUGGGUAUACAUGCAAACCGUUCUGUGAACCUAGUUGUGAUGCACGAAGUACUUGUGUUGCACCCCAUACUUGUGCUUGUAUCGAUGGAUAUCAAGAUGUAGACGGAAAAUGUGAACCAAUCUGCGAAGCUGGAUGUCAUGAAAAUAGUUUCUGUUGGCUUCCUAAUAUCUGUGCUUGUAAGUCUGGUUUCAUUGAGGAUUCAUAUUCUCAAUGCAUUCCAGAUUGUAAACCUCCUUGUGGUCUUCAUAGUCUUUGUGUUGCUCCAGAUGUCUGUACAUGUGAAUCUGGUUAUGCGUCCAAUGACACUUAUUUUGAAAAUCAGGAAUAUAUGAAUCAAUGUGACCCAGUUUGUAUACCUUCAUGUGGACCUUAUGGCAUAUGUAAUUCUCCUAAUUCGUGUUCUUGUAAAACAGGCUACGCUCUCAUUACAGAACGAAAUACAACAAUACCAGAAACAACAUCAAUUAUAUGUGAACCUAUUUGCGAUCCCCCAUGCGGAAUUCGCGGAGAUUGUAUAGCUCCAGGCAUAUGCUCUUGUGAACAAGGUUGGAAAGUAGUAUCAAUGAAACUACAUGAUUCAUUGAUUGAUCGAUACUGUGCACCACAUUGUGAUCCUCCUUGUGCUAAUUUUUCUUCAUGUAUUAAACCAAAUAUGUGUGAUUGUGAUCCAGGAUAUUCGAAAUCAGAUCAUGAUGAUUCGCUAAAUUGUCAACCAAUUUGUGAAGAAACUUGUGUUAAUGCUACAUGUAUAUAUCCAAAUACUUGUGAAUGUCAUGCCGGAUAUCACCCUUACACAAAUGAUUCUUCUAAAUGUGAGCCAACGUGUGGUGACUUUGGAUGCCAUCAUGGUACUUGUAUCGCUCCAGAUGUAUGUAGCUGUGAUAAUGAUUAUCAACAUAGUAAUAGCACCCCAUGGACUUGCGAACCAAUUUGUGAAAACUGCACCAAUGGAAUUUGUAUAGAGCCUAAUAAUUGCAUUUGUAAUUUAUAUUACGAGAAAAAUGAAAAUGAUUUUUGUGUUCCUAGUUGUUAUGGGCGGUGUGUAAAUGGUACUUGUGUUGCUCCAAAUCAAUGUUCAUGUGAUCCUGGUUAUAUUUUAUAUUCUAGCUCUGAUGAAGAUGGUUCUCCAAGUAUAUGUGUACCAAUUUGUGAAUCUGGAUGCCCUAAUGGUACUUGUACAGCACCGGAAAUAUGUACAUGUAAUGAUGGUUAUGUAAAAAAUAAUCUGAAUGAAUGUAUUCCAAGCUGUAAUGGAAAAUGUAAUUUUGGAACAUGUAUAGCUCCAAAUCAGUGUAGUUGUGAAGAUGGUUAUGUUUUAGUUAAUGAACCAAGUACGGAAAUGUGUCAACCGUUUUGUGAGAAUGGUUGUAUUAAUGGCCAAUGUACUCUACCUAAUAAUUGCACCUGUGAUGAGGGAUUUGUAAUGGAUCUCUUUAACCAAAGCAACUGUAUUCCUAUUUGUGAAGGGAGUUGCGGUCAUGGUGACUGCAUUGGGCCAAAUGAAUGUAAAUGUCAUGAAGGCUAUAUAAAAGAAAAUAGCACAAAGCUAAAAGGUGAAUUAGAAGCUUGUGUCAAUCCCUGCAUUAGUGAAUGUGGCACUCAUGGGAUUUGCGACAUAGAGAACCGGACCUGCAAGUGUUUUUACGGAUGGACCGGUGAAAAUUGUGACGUUCCCAUGUAUUGUGGGAUUAUUCGGACUAUUUACGAUAAAGAUUUACUUCAAUGGAUUGCCGAUAGGAAUGAAAUAAACGACACCACCGAGAAUUUUCAGACAGUAAACUGGCAUGGACCUACGUGCAACCAACAGUGUAUCUUAGACAGCAGUAACGACACCGAAUGCUUCCGUCUUUCAUCUGACAACAAGCGUUACGAGGAUGAUCAUAAAUACGUUUGCUUCCUUCAUACUAAUACUUUAUGUAAUUCUGCAAAUCUUAAUCUAACUACAAGUAAUCUCGUUUACUCUGGAACAGUAGCAACGAUCCUCCUCAUAAUUGCGAUAGUCGCAAUUUCGCUGGUGAUAAAGCGGCGGAGACAGAGAAAUUUCACAAUGAGCUUAACGAACAGUAACAACCUGUUGGAACAGUCAUCAGAAGCUACGGAUUCAUUGUUAUGUACAGAUGAGAAUUUUUAGUGUUUAAUAACAGUAUUUACUUUAAUCAUUCCAUUUCACAACAGUUCAACAAGAACAAUUGAAUUAAAGUAUCGAAUUUUUAUGUUAAAAUAAUUGAAUGAAUCAAAAAGAUAAGACAAAUUGAUGAUACAUUUAACUCACGUUAUUUAUAUUACUUAGUUUUUAUAUUUUUAUUUUUAUAC